AGUCAACGGGGGGUGCAGACCAGACUGUCUCUCUCCCUCUCUCUCCUCUUUUCAAACGUCCGGGAGGGAAAAGAAACAGUCUCUCUCUCUCUCUCUCUCUCUCUCUCUCUCUCUCUCUCUCUCUCUCUCUCUCUCUCUCUCUCUCUCUCUCUCUCUCUCUCUCUCUCUCUCUCUCUCACUCUCUCUCUCUCCUCACAGGCUGGUCGCCGUCCGCUGAAGUCCGGGGAGGAGGGAGGGGGCAAAUAUCCAGCUCAGCCUCGUCGACUGCGUUUGUCUUGAUUUUAUUUAAUCCACGCAGCGAGCACAGAAAACUGCAGCAGAGUGCCAGUGUUGGAUCAGAGAGAUGUCCUGCACAGAGAGCAUGAUCUCUUUACCUCCCCUCAGCCUCUUGUAAUCAAUGGCAACCUCUGUCCAAACUCUUCCCGUGACGCGUGGUCCCACCCAAAACUUCCGCGGCCCUUUCCCGUCCUCCCCCCUCUCCUCGCUCUGCGGCAUGGGAAGCGUAGGAAGUCUGGUGGAGAAGCCAGACGUGUCUCCGACUAAAGGUAGCCGCGCGGUGCCUCAGGUGAGACCCAGACAAACCAACGGCCUGCUGAAGAAGGGCCUGACCCAGAGAGAGCUACUGAACUACCUCAACAUCACCAGAAAAGAGCCCAAAGUGGGGCCGAGCGGCGACGGCAAGAGGGACGUCAUCGGAGGCCUGGUGGAGGAUGACGUUUUCGCCAAAGUCUACAGUAAAGAUGGCACUGAAAUAGACCUGACUAAAAACUCACUGCCAAGCGGGGGCAAGUACGAAAAGGUUCGGUUCAGGUCUUCUGCAUUCAAACCCGUCACACCUAAAAACUUCAGCUCCAUGCAAAACCUCUACCCCUCCUCCAAGUCGGAGGAUGUGGAUCACGGCCUUUCCAAUGGACUGCACAGAGCAUACGGCCACAUCUCCAAAACGGUCUCGACCUCCUCUUCAUCUUCCUCGCCCUCCCGUCAUGGAGGACCGACAUCAUGUGGAAACAAGGCCGUCUCCUCGGUGCAAGUGAUGAGCCACGAGGACGACAACCUGUCAGACUCGGGUCAUAACUCCAUGAGCAGUCUGCCGCCUUACCGCCCUCCGUUCCGUCCACAUCUGUCUCACAUCAGCGCUUCCAUGGGCCACAUCAACACCAUCGGCUCCUUAGAUCGAACCUCUCAGGGCCUGAAGGCCGCCGGGUCAGGGGGCGUGGCUAUGGGGGAGGUAGCAUGCCGAAGCAUGGCCACCCUAAACCGCCUGACCCCCUAUGGCAGCGAGGCUCCGCCUCCUUAUGAAUGGACGCUGUCCCUCUCGGUGGAGGACGUGGUGAGGGAUCUGGAGGAGCGCCUGGUGGAAAAAGAGCAUGAACUAAAACAGAUGAGGAGGAACCUGGACGAGAGCGAGGGCGCCAUCGCUCAGGUGUUUGAGGGGAAGCAGCGUCUGUGGGAGAAGGAGGUGGAGGAGCUGAAGCGCCUGUACGCCGCGAAGCUGCGCCAGGUCUCGCAGCACGCCCAGCGCUCCCAGCGCAGCAUGCAGUUGGAGCUGUUUAGGGCCCAGCAGGAGAAGAAUCGCCUGCAGGAGGAGCUCGACGGCCUGAAGCGGGACGCGAGCCGGGACGUCACGGCCGCGCCGAACCCGACCAGUCCGACUCUGGAGGAGACACGGUGGGAGGUUUGUCAGAAGUCGGGGGAAAUCUCGUUGCUGAAGCAGCAGGUGAGGGACUCCCAGGCAGAAGUGACCCAGAAGCUGAGCGAGAUCUUCAAACUGAAGACGCAGCUGAGGGAAACCCGGACGGAGCUGCGCAACAGGGAGGCCCAGAUAGACGCUCUGAACAUCAUCCUGCAGGGGACGCAGCACGGCAAGUGUUCCUCCGCCGGAGAAAGCAAAAAAGGAGCCGAAGAGAGUCCAUCAGCGGGAGCAACAGGCGGCUCUGUGGGUCCCACAGAAGAGCGUCUGCGAGCGGAGCUGCUGCUGGAGCGACGUCAGAGCGAGGCCCAGGCCACGGCCUUCGAGGAGGAGAGGAACACGUGGCAGACGGAGAAAGACAAGGUCAUCCGCUACCAGAAGGAGCUCCAGGCCAGCUACCUGGAGAUGUAUCACCGCAACGAAGCCCUGGAGAGGGAGCUGCAGCAGCUGAGGGCGGGCGGGGCGCGGGAAGGAAGGGGAGGCGGAGGAGGAGCUGGAGGAGGGAGCAGAGAUGGGACAACCGAGAAGGAGGCGAAGGAGCCGACAGCUGACAGAGCAGCAGGAAAACAAGAAGACACGCCUUCGUCGAGUCUGCCGUGGAUAGACAGGAUUGAAUCAUCUGAAAUUUGAAUGUGACACACUCGUUUUGCAAUGCAAACUGUUUUUCUCCGAAAGUAUGGACCUACGCAAGAGCUAGUCUGUCUGGGAAAAAAAAAAAAGAAGAAACAAGACAAACUUGGAGAUUAUAAAAAAAAAAGAUUUACCAAAUCAAAAUCCUACACAACUGACUAAAUCUCUGAAAAGGAUGUGCUGCUGGAUUUAGUUGUGGUACCAAGUAAUCAAAAUUAAAAAUAUAAAGUCAGAAGCAGUAGACCUAAAAAAAAAAGAAGAGGUUGACAAAAAAUAAUAAACUGUGCUGAACCUUUGACCCUCAUAGGAGCCACUUAAAAAAAAAAAAAAAAAAAAAAAGGAUACAAAUUAUACGUUCUAAGUAAAUUGUGAAAUUUGGGAAUAAAAGAAUUGUAAAACAAAAACAGUGGCUCAGUCAGAACAAACAGAAACAUGUCAAUGUGAAACUUUCGACUGACAAUCUUGAAAUGGGAACCCAUUAUAUAAUUUCUAAUGUGUACCUAGUAUUUUUGUGGCACACAUUAAAAAAAAAAAGCUUCAUAGAUUCCCAUCUGACCCCCGCCUUCUUCUGCACCUUGAGUGUAUUACUGCCCUUUUCGUGAUCAACCGGGACCGAUUACAUCCUUCUGGACGUGUUCACGCAGACGCUUGUCUGUGCCACGGAAAGAAUAACUCCAAACUGUAAAAUCACAGGAAAAGCGCUACCUAAGACUUGUUUAAAAUGAUCUUCUUGGUGACGAUGACCAAAGCAUUCAAUUAGUGAGGUCCCUACAGAUCCAACAAGCAACUGGCUGUUGCCUGGAAUCAGCUUUUCUGACUGACUCCUAUAAACCUAGAAAAGUUUAUAGUUAGUUACUUUUAGGAUCAAAGUUGUUUAACAAAGGAGCAUUUUUGCUGCUCCUACUUCUGCAACUGUAGUUUCUUUAUACCCAACUUUUUUCAGAAAGGAAAAGGAGCCUGCCUGCCUUGUUAGGUCAUUUCCACCUUCCAUGGGAAAGUUUUGUUCAACUCACAAAGGGGAAAGUUGACCAUAAGCCAUCUUCACCAGAUACCACGAAGGCUGAAUAUGUUGCUUCAGAAAACUUGGCUGCCUUUUAAAAAUCUCAGGAUGAAGAAGGCGUGUGUGCAUUCUCUAGGGUUUUUAAACUGUGGCUUUAUUUCGAUGAACUCAAGAAAUCCCCAGCCUACUUAUUUCCAAGCAGCAAAUACAUGAAUGGAUUACAUGACAGUGAUGUAGAGCUAGUUGGUACCGAUACGAAAUGUUUCCUUGCUUCUUCAAGCUCAUUGAUCUCCUUGGCACAGUGGAGAAAACUUCCACAAGUGCCAUUACAAAAGUCCCAAGUGUGCAAUGUGUGCAAGAAAGUUGACAUGGGUUAAUAAGCAUGUUGUUACUAUGGAUAUCAAUAGGUUUACAUGUAAGGCAACCAUGUUGGAUUUUGAGGUCAGAGUUGGUGGAAAAGCUUCUUAUAGUCGAAAAUCUAAACUUUCCAAAUUCAGAAUAACUUGCAUGAAUCCUUCAAUAGGCUCUAAUGCAUCAGACUGAGUUUUAUUGUUUAGUAUUUAUAACACAGCAAACUGAUAAAGUGGAAGUCCGGAUUAAAGACGGUAAAGCCGUGGAAACUGACAGAUGAUUAAAUUACCGAAAUCCCAGACAGAAGGACUUUACCUACUGAUUUAAUUUAGGGUCACUUACGGCAGGAAGGCACAGAAGAAAUAUUUUAAAGGCCAAUUCAUUUGUGGCUCUUCACAUGAACUGGAGCGGUCUAAUCUUUAGUCGCGGCCAAAGGUUCACAAAACCCAGAGAACGGAAAUUGGACACGACACUCUCAUGGGCGCAUCUCCUCUUUUGACUCUGGACCUGAUUAAGGUUUGCAGGAGCAUCACUGCUCUAGUCUUUCAGCUGAAUUCAUGUAAAAACGCUGCUUUUCUGGUUCUGCCGCAGAACAAAAGAACAAGUAUCUGUCUGGUGCGCAUCUCUUGAACAUAGUUCCCUCGUUAGGUCUCCUUUCAGGUGAGCGGCACAAAUUUUGUACAUACCUGCACUUUUAGUUCAAUUCACCUUCUGUGGUUGUCCUCCAAAGAGACUGUCGUCUUAAAACUGUGAAAUCUGUCAACUUCCACAUUGUUUGAUUGCAGUACAAAGCAACCGCAAGCUGUAAAUAAAGGCUAAAUUAGUCCCCCCAAAUGCAUGACUGAAGAGAAACAAGAUGUAUUCUUUCUUAACUAUAAAUGUUCACAAACCAGCUCUCUGUUAAUCUUUGAAUAUACUGUGACUUGUCAAAUUACUGGAAUUAAAACUGUACAGAAUAAACAAA